GUGCCGUCGCGUACCUUGUAUUGGUUCUUGAUGCCAUCGGGCAAUGCUGGCACGUCUUGCCAUCGUAUUGUGAUGUUAUGACGUCGCGUCUUGCCAUCGUAGAGUCGCAUCGUGCCGUCGCGUUGCGUUAGGCCGUUGCAUCCCGCUGCAGUCGUACUGUUACGUCCUGAAAUGGUAUGGAACUUAACUUAGGACGCCCCUUAUUUCCACCAGUAAACAGGCAACUGCACGACGCAACAGGUCCACGGCACGCUUUGUGGGUUUGUCACACUGAGGAGAGUGUAGCAGCUGAUAACAACGUACUCAGCGAGUUAAUCUCCCUGGAUUCUGGGAAAGGAAGGCAACUUCUCAUUGAGGCCAGAAUUCGUCAGGGCAUCUUGAUGGAAGUAUUUGAUUUUCAAGCGCACUGUUCUCAUUGUGGUGUACAAAGCUUGGCACUUUUAUUAGCUGCUUCCGAGUGUGGCAAAGCCCGGCCACGUAAGGAGGAGAUCGAGAAGGACAUCAANGAGAAAGUACCAAGGCCUUGCAAUUUUCUCCUAUCCAGAAACUCGGCAGGUCAUCACGGAAGAUGUAAUCCCGACACGGGGCGUGACGCUGGAAGAUGUGAGCCAGAUACUGCGCAAUCAUGGUCAUCGGACACUGUUUACUUCGGCCAGCAUUCCUCCACGGAUGAGUUCCGUCGGAUCGCCCUGGAGGCCCUACGGCAUGAGGAUUCCAGCGUUGGCAUUAUCGUGAACUAUCAACGGUACCUGUUAGGCCAAACUCCUCAGAGAACCAAGUAUGGUCAUCACAGCCCCUUGUGUGCCUACCACGACGGUACUGACCGCUUCCUUGUACUUGAUACCAAUAUCACACGGCCAAGACUUUGGUUGAAAGCCCAAGAUCUGUUUGAGGCAAUGCUGGAUCUUGAUAAUGCAACAGGAAAGUCGCGUGGAUUCGUUGUUAUGAAUGGCAAUGUGCAAGCAUAAUUUUUGAAACACAGGGUAUAAGUUUUUAUUGUAAAUUUUCAUCACUUACAGGCUUAGCCUUACCUCGUAGGUAUGGCACCUUUCGAAACUUUUUAUGAAAGCCCUGUAGUGUCAUCAAGUGUAUGAUUAUUUUCAAAAAGUGAAGCAUGUUUUUUCGAAGUCUGUUUAUAGCAGAUGUAAUUUUCCAACUUUGUAUUAACAUGAUAUGUUUUAUCCAAUGUUCGUUUGUUCGAGACAUACAUUCUCCAGUUUGUUCUAAUGAGAUCUACUGUAUAUUUAGAAGCAAUGUUCUUUUUUGGAAACAAAUAGUUUUCACAAGAUAUGUUUUUCAAGUUAAUUUUUCGGAGAUGUAUUUUUUAAAGUUUGUUUAAUGACAUAUUUUUGGAAGUUGGUUUUGUUGGAAAUAAAUUCAAACUUGAAAAUCAUACAUCUCUUAAAAAUUAACUCUUGAAAAUCUAUAUCAUUAACCUCAUAUUUUAUAACGUCAUAUGAAAAGUACUUCAGACUGAACCAAUAUGUGAUACAGAUCAUAAUGGAUUCCUUCCGGAUGCAAGUGCAACUUUGCAGAUAUAUUGAAACAUUUGUUAUCUAACAGUAACAGUUCGUUUUUUUAUUCGCCUCUGUUUUUAAGAAGAAAAAAAUUACUGUGUGAACGUCAAUUCUUUUAUCCCCUUUAACCUUUUUACUUUUAAGCACUUUAUAUAGUGGCAUGGCACGUCAUUUAUAUUUUGUUCUGAUAAUUGCAUUAAUUUUGUAAUUGUUAACCCAUAAUGCCCUUAUAGGGCAUGGCAGUUCGAAAUUUACAUUUAGUCUUCAUAUUUGUAUUAAUUAACCCUUUCUUUCCACUUUUUUUUAAUGCACUUGUUCUUUCAAUUAUUCAUUAUUAGGCCUAUUAUUAAUGAUUACUGGUAAUGAUACCAAGGAUUCCUCAACUCAGCGCCGAAGGCGCUGUAGCUUGCAAGCCCAACGAAACCCGUGGAGAGGAGACGGUGAGAAGCAGUUCCAGUUUUAGAGGUGGGGGAAACCCAUAAAGUCCAUAAAAUCAGCUAGGGACUGAAAACCCAAUCCACAUGUGUACUGAGCUGGAAAUCGAACGCAGAUCGCAAAGGUGGGAGACGAGGACAGAACCACUACGCUAACCUGACUUUCCAAGCAUGAAGUGAUCAAAUAAUUCAAUUACGUUUAUACUUUUAUAAGAAUCUUACUUUAACCUGCGUUUCGUCGCAUUUUGGAUUUUUUUCACGUGAGGUGUCUUUUGUUCCUAGUUUACUUCAGACGCACCGUGCCAUUAAUUGUUCACUGAAUAAACAACUGUCCCAUAGAGAUUAUGCCGGACAUAGCUAGCAGAAAAGGGCACCCCGUAGUGUAAAGCGACUGAGAUGUGCAAAUUAGGCCUCAAAAAUGGCAUUUUUGUCCUUGCAGUAGACUGUAGACCUUAAUUAACUUGCCCGAGUCUACAAAUCUUAGCAAUGAUCGCUACUUGGGCAGCCAAAGUUUGCUGGUUCAACCAGUGAUUGGACAUAACUUGGACCGGUAUAUAGCACAGAAAGAUCUUUUUGUUUAAGAGAAAUAAAAAUUGUAAAAUUUCAUAUGUGCACUAUACAUUCAACAGAGGUUAUGGGUGUUGAGAAGAAAAAGGGGACACGAAAAAGGAGGAAAAGGGAUGUAUGAAAAUUUAUACUCUACACGAAAAUUAGUCGGAAGUAUACAAUUAGGCCAGGUUAAAUGCUGGAAAUUGGCUAUGGACAUUUGAAAAGGGGGGCGGAGACACCAUUUGACACUAUGGGGACAAUGUUCAAGAUAUUGAGAUAGGCCUAGAUCUGUAACAUGUAUGACAUUCGUGCAGAAUCUAAUAUCAGAGUGCCAGAUUUGUUGCUUUUUUAUUGCUUUCCCUUUUUGAGUGACAUUGAAUGCAUUUUUGUUGUUGGGAAGGCCGGAAAAUUCUUCAUGAUCCAUUUUAAGUUUUGCUUACCACAAAGAAGUGAGGGCAGUGAUUUAAUAGCCCAUCCCCUCGAAAAAGUGGGGGUAUCGUCACCUAACGUGGCGCACCGUCGACGUUCACUUGACUUUUCUCUCACAUCGUUGCCAAACCUCUUGAAAACGUAAACCUCAUUUGGUUAACAUCUGUGAACCUUGUCGGUGUCUGGAAAUUGGGCUCAAAUUCAGCUGAGAGUUCCCUAACGUGGCACACUUGAAAAAAAAUCCCACAUGAACAUUUUUAAAAAAUCCUUUGAAGAUGAUAAAUUCUUGUAAAGCAUCAUAGAAUGAGGAACAUAAAAACGACAUUUAUAAAUAAGAAUAUUAGGAGUUUGAUGAAUUUUCAAGAUGUAUUUUUCCAGCCCAUGCUAGUUUUGUUGACAGAUUCUGAGGAAAAAUAUCAGGCAAAUGUCAGGAAAGUCCUACCUGAAUUUAAUAAAAGCCCAGAUUUGGGUAUGAAGACCUAAAAAUGAAGACGAAGGACCUUCCUUGGCCCACGGACUGCGGCAAAUACACCAGCUUCUCUCAUUGACAUUUUUACAAAUGCACUACCUUAAACCAAAUUCUGUCAUUAUAGUCAUCGAAUUAUUGAACCACUUCCCAAUAUUUACCUCGUACCCACUUAAAGUAAACCAUGGUGCUCCUCAGUGUACCCCAUCUCGAGAUUACUCAUGACUGAAAAAUUUAGCGAAAUUCAAAGAGGAUCUUUCCUCUCAGGAUUGGACCCCGUUUUAAAUGCUGGAGAUGUCGAUUUAGCUUUUGAUAAUUUUAUGGAUUUUUUAAAGAGAGCUUGGAUAAGUGUGUUCCUAUUAUGCAACCUAAACAUAAAUCAAAAGAAAUUAAUUCCAAAAUGUCCUCGGGUCACAAUUAGUUUGUGCAAGUCGAUUUCCCAUAAGAAUAAGCUAUAUCGUAGAUACGUCAAUAAUCCUGCCAAUUCCAAUCGUUCAGAUUAUGUACGCUUCAAAAAUAAAAUUACCAAUGUUCUUCGUAAUUGUACGCAAGAUUACUUUAGUACCGGUACGCAGUUUUGAGAUUGUUAAGGGUAAUGUCAAAAGUAUAUGGAAAAUAAUUAAAACAAAAAUUAACACUGUUGAUGUUGAUGGUACAUAUGUUACCAACUUGCAGUUUAUUGCUGAUCAUUUCAAUAAUUAUUUUACCAAUAUUGGUAGAAAGCUUACUAGUACAUCUAUCCCCACGUGAAAUUCAAAUUUUAGUAACUACUCGUUGAACCCAAUUUCUCAGUCUAUUUUCUUUUCUCCUGUUACAGAAGAAGUGGUUAUUGACAUUAAAUAAAAAAAC